UGUGCCUUUUGCUUCUUCCUUUUUUCCCUAAAUUAACAAAACACUGCAAGUCUGCUCAUGUUUGUGAAUCAAAUGAUUUGUGGAAUCGACUCAGAAGUGUUGAAUUCAACUCCUGGUUCCUAGCUACCUGGAAACGGAGAAAUGACUCGGAUCACCGUGUUUAUCAGGUUUUACGGUAAACGUUGCUAUGGGAGACGUGGUGGUUUCUUGGCUCACAUGGACGCUUUUACACCGCGUUUGACUCGAAUCAGUUCGGCUCAGAGUGACCCAUCUGUCUCAAAACUAGCAGCACUGAAUAUCAGGUACUGUAUUAGUUUUGUUCCAACAUCUAGAGCAGAAGCUGGCGUUUCAGAAGCGUCUUUUCAGGCUAGCUAGCUAGUUAGCAGUUCUGAGGUGUUUUUGAGGUCGUAGUGAGCUACACUAAGCUCAGUAGAGGUGCACGUGAUGCAGCCAGAUAUCAUCAUCAUCAUCAUCAUCAUCAUCAUCAUCAACAACAACAACAACAGUGGAGCUCCCUUGAUUCAAACUGCUGUAGAUUUGAAAAGCGACCUGUUAUCAGUGUUCCUGUUUCUAAAGCAUUGCUGUGUGGAAAGUAGGAGUCAGGUAGAGAUUAGAGAGGACACACAAGAGGUCUGAGUGAAAUUAAACCUUAAUCCUCAGCGAGACCUUUUUUCAGCUGCCUGUGUAACAGACUUUGUGCUUAACAAAGAUGGUGACUGGCCGUGAGACAUUAGUGAUCAGCGUAGAGACAUCCUGGUUUCCUCUCCAUCCGAUCACCAUCUUGCGACGGUGAAGCAGCCAAGCAUGACCCCAUGACACUUUCCAUCACGUCUACCUAGAACUGGAUUACCACCGGAGAGAUUCCAGCUAAAUGACAACGCUUUAUCAAAUAUGACUCAGUGGGACAAGGAACGGCUGAAGGAAGAGCUCUUUCAUCACUGGCUCGCACCUUCUCUCCAAUCUAGUGAGCACCUUUAGACAUAAUCGUUUGAGUUUCCAGGCUCGUUUCUGUCGUUGUGUCACAUCUGGGAGAAGCAGGACUACGCUGAUUACAAGUUAAAGGACAAGCUGUAAAUCGCAGCGUGAGGCAACGCUGAACUCCGAGAUGCUCCAGACCAAUAACUACUCGCUGGUGCUUCUGAUCCAGCUUUCUCUUCUGGCCUUCGACCUGUUUGUCAACUCUUUCUGCGAACUUCUGAGGACAGCUCCGGUCAUCCAACUCGUGCUGUUCAUAAUCCAGGACAUCGCCAUCCUCUUCAACGUCAUCAUCAUCCUGCUGAUGAUGUUCAACACGUACGUGUUCCAGGUGGGACUUCUGUCUCUGCUGUUGGAGAGGUUCAGAGCUCUGCUCAUCCUGUCUGCUGUCUACCUCACACUCAGCAUCUGUCUUCACUGCUGGCUCAUGAAUCUGAGGUGGAUGGAGUCGAAUCGUUUCGUCUGGACGGACGGCUUGCAGGUGCUCUUUGUGUUCCAGAGACUAGCUGCAGUUUUGUAUUACUACUUGUACAAGCGCAGCACCGAGUAUCUCGGAGAUCCGAGACUGUACGAGGACUGUCCCUGGCUGCGGGAUGCUUUUGCUCGAGCUCGCUUAUGAUCCCGGCCUGAGGAAGAACACAGAAACUACAGCAGGUUCGGGACGGAGAUAGAGGACUGGUUUGUAGUCUACAGUAAAAACGUGGAUUUAACACUGAUGAAGUGGAGAAAACAAAACUACUGUAAAGGAACCAAGAGACUCGUAUGUAGAGCACAAGUAGACACUAAACUGUACAAACAAGAAGCGCACCAAACAAACAUAAUCCACACGUUUUCAAAAUGCUCCCUAUGUAUUUUAAACGUAACGUAUAGAAUAAUUAGUUCCGUGUUACUAUUAGUUAGGUUAAAGGGGUUUUUUUUAGGCCAUUUGGCAUUUUGAAUAUUGACUCUGCACCAAAUAGAGGCAUAGAUUUAAAACUGUUAUGCGCUGGUCUGACAGUCCUGCGUGAUAAACUCUACCGUAUAAGGCGACAUUAUACUCUAUUGUAGGUAAGUAUUUUUAUACGAUUUUGUAUCGUUUUGGUUUACUGACAGAAAUAACGAUUAAAUCCUGAUUGGAUAACUGGUGAUGAGCACAGAGUGAGUUUUAGUCAGUGAAAUUGAUUGUGUUGAUGUCAUUUACUCUUUUUUUUUUUUUUUUUUUUUUUAAUUCAUCUUCUAUACGUUUAUCAUCUAUUAUUUUAUUUUGGAAAACUGUUUGAAUACCCACCAGCUAGAUUCAGAAAGAUUCCUCCGACCUUUUGGUUGUCAACAUUUCCAAAGUGCCUCUCUCUUAAUCAUUAUAUACGUGUACAGCAUAGUACUGUUCGUUAGUCAUAUUACCACAUAGUGGUAUUAGUGGGCAGUUUUAUUGACACACAGGUUAUCAGAGUGGUCAUCCUUUUGGACAUUAUAUCCAUAGUAAUAAACAUUUGACAUUACAAUACCUUUUGUAAUGGCUGUCUCUGAUUGGUGAACUCUAAUGCCAGUGUUAUACUGAACAGUUUAUUUAUUCUCAGCUGUAAUGUAAAAUAAUUCCAAAAUGGACGAUAGGAUCAUAAAUCAGGGUAUUUAAAUCAUGGAUUCCCAAACUAGGGGUGAAAGGCCUUGAUUUACAAAUAGAUGGGGUCACCCACAAACUCCUAAUCUCCUAUUUAUAUUUAUAUAUAUAUAUACAUAUAUAUAUUUAAUUUUUUACAAAUUAUUGUUACAUGAAGUGCUCUUUUCAGUCUUUUCACGCUCCUGACAUGCUGCACUAAGCGUAGGAAUUCAACAAUAGAAAUAUUAAUAUUUCCCCACCCAUCAACCUCCUCUAAACCAACUACAGACUCACGUGGCAUAUGUACAGUAUGUACUAUUCCAGACCAUUACUGAGUACUAACAAUAACCGAUUUUCCAAUUACAGUUUGAAUUUUUAAAAUGUCACCUUCAACCCCAUCAAAAGCUCUGUUGUGUGUACCAGUGUGAGGGAAAUGACUCAUUUUUACCGUGUAACAAGUUUGUUCUUGUUCUGUUUCAUUCUCAUGUGAGGAUAACGCCUAAGAAGGCCAUGUCAUGUCACUGAGAUCAGUACAGAAUGUGUAUCUGCUUACAGAGACACAAACAUGUUCUUCUGUUCAAGGUUCAUCUAAACAUCCAAGAUCCUAAAACAAAGCCCGUUUUAACUGCCUCAAACUGCUUCUUAUCGGUACACAGAAUUAUGUCAUGCUCUGCGUUUCA